AUGAAGGAAUCCAUGGCCACCGGCCGCUUGCCCUGCGGUCGCAUGGGACGAAUUCCCUUCCUAUUGAAGUUCGUUCUCCUCGCUCAUCUGGUAUGGAGGCCACAGGCAGGAGCCCGCACAGAGACGUCUCAAGGUCCUCAAGUCGUGCAGACGCCUUCCAUGCAGGAGAGCAGGAGGAGUGAAGCAUGUUGGGUCGGUCUCAGGUUGCGAGGAGGACAGGAAGGCGGGGCAGGGUGGAGCCUGUUGGAGCGCUACGACAGGGCUUCACGUGUACAGCCGGAGGAGGGCUCAGGCAUCGUAGAGGCUCGUGGAGGGGAGCAGCAUGUGGAUGCUGCUGUCAGGCAGAAGCAUGAGGAAGGGAAAGGUGAACGAGUGAGCCCGGGGGAUCAACCGACGAUCCUCAAGGCACGGGGAUAUGCUGGGAUCCGACUUGAACAUGCCAUCGCUCGGCGACGAGUGAUGAAGAUGAGGUCAAGCAACGCGAGCAGGUUGAUGGAGAGCCCAUAUCUCCCUCUCUUCCUGUGCAAAGGUGGCAGAGAUGCUGUCAUUCAGAUGCAAAGGAGGCGCCUGUGGAGACUUGGACUGCAGAACCCGGAGAGACUUGGGGAGGACGAGGGCCCGCUGCUCGAGACUGAGCAGUUGUUCGAGCCGGACAACUUGAUUCGACUCCAGGUGAACGACUGGAAACCCCAUCUGGACGUGGGGGAGAAGGAGCAGACGCUGUUCAUCGACAAGAUGUUGAGAGAGCAGACGGCAGCGGGUCGUCUGAAACUCCUCGUUGAGUCCAGUGGGAAACUUGGAGAGAAGACUAUUGAACAAUGGAGGCGACACCUCAGCAUCAUCUCCCAAAAGAUCCGGGCGCUCCAGGAGCAUUGCGCUGCCUGCGAUUCGGAGGAGGUGGAUCGUGAGGCCGGUUGCACGUUGAAGCAAGUUGAGACUUGCAGCCUGAAUCGUUUUGAAGAUGAAAUCAUGGCUGCCAUCAACAACAUCGACGACGUGUGCUCUGCACUCUACGACUUCAAGGAGGAGGUUGAGAAGGAAGAGAUGGGCGUCCCGGUGGAGUGCACUCAGAGAUACCUCUACCUUGAUAUGGCCAUAAUGGGCUGGGAGUUCAUUUUCUCAUCCCUUCAGGAAGAUUCUCAGGAUUGCAUCUUUGACGGCUCGUUGCUCCCGGAGGGCUUCCCCAGCAACGGCAGCAUCGUCGAGCCGGCAUCCGUCUCCUCCCCCAUCAUCUACAACUUCAGGCUCAAUCACUCCGUCGUCCCUCUCAACAGGUCGAGCAAGCUCAUCAUGGGUAAUGACUCGAACUUCCAGCUCUGCGCCUUUGAGAGUGAGGAGACGGUCCUGGAUUUCGCUUUCCUCCAUUCGACUCUCGGCGACUGCUACUUCGAGCGGGUGCUCGGACCUCCGUACGCCCGCGUCUUCACCCGCGAUGAUCGACAGCAGAACCUCAGGAGGGCGAUGAAGCACUACGACAAUGCCAGACAACUGUUUCUCAUGCAGAACCCUUUACAUUGGGCAAGAUGCAACAUCGGAAUUGCGCAGUGCCUCCUCCACCUCCCCUUCCCCUAUAUCUUGCUGCGCAUUGAGCGCGAGGCGGACGUGGGCAAGAUGAGGUUGGAUGUGGGGGGCAACAGGAAGGGCGACAGGGCGAGAAAUCUGCUGCUGGCCUUCUGCCUGCUCCAUGAAGCCUCCGUCCUCCUUGAGCCUCUCCGAACCAAGCUGUCCGUCCUCAAGGACUGGGCGCAGAGGCAUACAUCCACCGUCAGUUAG